AUGAGUUCGAGAAUCGAGCCCCGAACACCCCGGACACCUUUCAGCAUCGCAGACAUCUUAGGCCCGCGCAGGAUCCCCCCGGCAACCUUGGAACCGCAGCUCCCAAAGUCGGGUCCUGGUCCCAUCUCGCCGUUGUGUGCGCUGGAGGAGCUGACAAGUAAAACUUUCCUCGGACUCGACUGGCGCACCUCGCAGCCCUCUGAAGGCCGCCCCGCCCCACGCGCGCUAGGCCCAGGUCCAGUGGGCGGCAGAAGGCGCAAGUCACGCACGGCGUUCACCGCGCUGCAGGUGCUAGAAUUGGAGCGGCGUUUCGGCUUCCAAAAGUACCUGGCGCCGUCUGAGCGCGACGGGCUGGCCGCACGACUGGGCCUGGCCAACGCGCAGGUCGUCACGUGGUUCCAGAACCGGCGUGCCAAGCUCAAGCGCGACGUGGAGGAAAUGCGCGCAGACGUGGCUUCUUUGCGCGCGUUGUCCCCGGGAAUCCUGUGCCACCUCCCCCUGCCAGACGGUACCCCUGGCACCGGCUCCGUCUCUCCAGACCCUGGACCACAAGUGUCUGACGAGGAGAUACUGGUGGACGAUUGA